GGCCGGCGCCGGGCAGGCAGCAGGAUCGCGGCCGGAGCCCACGAACACUGGGCGGCCGGCGACUCCGAGCCUUGCCGGCCGGCAGCCCCACUCUUCUCCAGAGCGCCGCCGCCUCCGAGUCGUUGCCCGCCGGGUCGGGCCGGGCGUGAUGCGCCGCGGGAGCCCUGUCCUGGCCGCCGGCCGCCGCCGCCGCCGCCGCUGAGACCCCCGAAAGCCCCGGUGACGCCACAGCCAUGGAGAGCGGCCCACAUGCGGAGCCGGGCCCCGGUUCCCCCUCAGCUGUGGGAGCCAGGAUCCCCCCGGAGCCAAGGCCUUCUCCAGAGGGUGACCCUUCCCCACCACCGCCACCACCACCGAUGUCAGCCCUGGUCCCUGACACUCCUCCAGACACCCCUCCUGCCAUGAAGAACGCCACUAGCCCUAAGCGGCUCUCACUGGAAGCAGAGAGCCCCCCAGGGCAGGCUGAGCCUCAGCCAGCUCCCCUACAGGAAGAAUCCCCUUCUUUGGAAGCAAAGAGCAGGGGACCCACCCCACCAGCCACAGGCCCGCGGGAUGCCAGACCUCGAAGGAGCAGUCAGCCAUCCCCAGCGGCUGUGCCAGCUUCCGACAGCCCUUCCGCCAAGCCAGAUGUAAAGAAGGCAGGAGAGAGACACAAGCUGGCAAAGGAGCGGCGAGAAGAGCGGGCCAAGUACCUGGCGGCCAAGAAGGCAGUGUGGCUGGAGAAGGAGGAAAAGGCCAAGGUGCUGCGGGAGAAGCAGCUGCAGGAGCGCCGGCGGCGGCUGGAGGAGCAGCGGCUCAGAGCCGAGCAGCGCCGAGCCGCCCUGGAGGAGCGCCAGCGGCAGAAACUCGAGAAGAACAAGGAACGCUACGAAGCAGCCAUCCAGCGGUCAGUGAAGAAGACGUGGGCCGAAAUCCGACAGCAGCGCUGGUCCUGGGCGGGGGCCCUGCACCAUGGCUCUCCCGGACAUAAGACCAGUGGGAGCAGGUGCUCCGUGUCGGCAGUAAACCUGCCCAAACACGUGGACUCUAUAAUCAACAAGCGGCUCUCAAAGUCCUCUGCCACGCUCUGGAACUCCCCCAGUAGAAAUCGCAGCCUGCAGCUGAGUGCCUGGGAGAGCAGCAUCGUGGAUCGUCUCAUGACGCCCACCCUCUCCUUCCUGGCUCGAAGUCGCAGCGCCGUCACAUUGCCCCGCAACGGCCGGGACCAGGGUAGGGGCAGCGGCCCUGGGAGACCUCUCACGAGGGGCCGGGCAGGGGCCAGCCUUGCGCCCCGGCCGCGCCCCGACCGCACUCAUCCCUCUGCAGCCGUGCCCCUGUGCCCGCGCUCGGCCUCCGCCAGCCCCCUUACGCCGUGCAGCGCCCCCCGAAGCGCGCACCGCUGCGCCCCUGCCGGGGAGCGCGGCGACAGGCGCAAACCCAGCGCCGGGGGCAGCCCCGCCGCGGUUCGCCGCCGGCCCGAGGCCUCGCCGGUGCAGAAAAAGGAGAAGAAGGACAAGGAACGGGAAAACGAGAAGGAGAAAAGCGCCCUGGCCCGGGAGCGCAGCCUCAAGAAGCGCCAGUCGCUCCCGGCCUCCCCGCGCCCGCGCCUCUCUGCCGGCGCCGCCGCGGAGCUCAGCCCCAAAUGCAAGGCCCGGCCAGCCUCUCCUUCCAUGUCCUGGCACAGGCCUGCCUCCCCCUGCCCCAGCCCAGGGCCAGGCCACGCGCUGCCUCCAAAACCACCGUCUCCCAGGGGCACCACAGCCUCACCCAAGGGCCGGGUGCGGAGGAAGGAGGAGGGGAAGGAGAGUGCCAGCGCAGCAGGGCCUGAGGACAAGAACCAGAGCAAGGGCAGGGCCAGCGAUGAGAAGGAGCCAGCAGCCCCAGCCUCCCCUGUGCCCUCGCCCUCACCCUCGCCCACCCCAGCCCUGCCCCCCAAGGAGCAGCCAGCUGCAGAGCCCCCUGCAGACUCUGCCGCCCAGACCUCAACUCCAGCCCCCGCACCCCCGGGGACCCCGGGGACCCCGAGCAAACCCAUGGCCGGCACCACAGACCGAGAAGAGGCCACUCGGCUCCUGGCCGAGAAGCGGCGCCAGGCCCGGGAGCAGCGUGAGCGUGAGGAGCAGGCGCGGCGGCUGCAGGCCGAAAGGGACAAGCGAAUGCGAGAGGAGCAGCUGGCGCGGGAGGCUGAGGCCCGGGCCGAGCGGGAAGCGGAGGCCCGCCGGCGGGAAGAGCAGGAGGCCCGCGAGAAGGCGCAGGCCGAGCAGGAGGAGCAGGAGCGGCUGCAGAAGCAGAAGGAGGAGGCCGAAGCUCGGUUGCGGGAAGAAGCGGAGCGGCAGCGUCUAGAGCGGGAAAAGCACUUCCAGCGGGAGGAGCAGGAGCGGCAGGAGCGCAGGAAGCGCCUGGAGGAGAUAAUGAAGAGGACCCGGAAGUCAGACGUUGCUGAAACCAAGCAGAAGCAGGACGGGAAGGAGGAGAAAGUCCACAAUUCCGGUCCAGAGCCCAUGAAAGCCGUGGAGACGCGGCCGUCGGGGCUGCAGAAGGAGACCCGGCAGACAGAGGAGCCGCCCCCCCAGGAGCCUCCGUGGAGCCUUCCAAGCAAGGAGCUGCCAGGGUCUCUGGUGAACGGCCUCCAGUCUCUGCCAGCACACCAGGAGAACGGCUUCUCCCCCAAGGGACCCUCUGGGGACAAGGGUCUGGGACGGACCCCAGAGGCGCUGCUGCCCUUCGCGGAGGCAGAGGCCUUCCUCAAGAAAGCCGUGGUGCAGCCGCCGCAGGUCACAGAAGUCCUCUAAGGCACAGCUAAGACGCCCCUCUACACCACGUGCCAAGACGUCUGGAGGAGAAAGAGACAGAACAAAGAUGGCAGCGGCCUGGGCCUCGGGGUGGUCCUCUCUUGUUUGUAACCUGCACCUUAUAGACGGAUGUCUCUUUGGCUGGAGCAGGCCCUGCCCCUAGUGCAUUCGUGUGCUCCCACGCGCGACACUCCCCUCGCCCGUACACACACACACUCACAGCCUCUCUGGCCUCGUCCCCUGGGGAAGGGCCGCCUGUAGUAUUUGCCUGGGUUCGGCGGGGUACAGUGGAUGUGAAUACUGUAAAUAACUCGUGCUCAAACUCCUCUGCAUGGAGGGGGUGGGCGCAGGAGGCAGACCCUCCCCCCAAGGCUCCCUGGGGAGAUCUUCCUCUCUCUAUUUAACUGUAACUGAGGGGGAACCCAGGCUGGGGUUGGGGGGCACCUCGGGCCACAGGAUACUGGUUGCUUCAGGGGUACCCAUGCCCUCUACCCUCGCGGAAUCAGUGUUACUGCAUCUGAUCAAAUGUCUCCUGAAAUAAAGUGAGAAUAAGUCUGCCAA